CAACACCGCUGAAUCCCGAUCAUUUCCCACCAAAGUGUUGAUCAGUGAAGAUCGCACAAGAAAGUGCCCCAGAGACAGACAAUUUGUGUGUAUGUUUUUUUGGUUAAUUUGUAGAAAAAAAAAAUGUUGCCAUUGAUCUUGUCCGCGGACUAUCGUGCCGUAAAAGUGAAUGUGAUUGUGUUGAUUUGCAUCGUGAUCGCGGUCAACGCACCACUUUCUUCUCAGGCAUCACCAACAACACCAACUGCAGACGUGCAGAGUGAUGUUUUAGUGAUAAGUCCACAGCCAUUUGAGAAUAGCACCGAACCGGAAUUAUUGGAUAAUCCACGUGAUGAAGAUGAAAGUGUUUCCACUGAUCAUCCAGUCAAGUACACUGGUGCCCAACUUUGGCGCAUUUCGUACGAUGAUCAAGUACGGAAGAAUGCCGUAGCAGAUCUUCAGCAUAAAUUCAAUGUUGCAAUGUGGAAUCUCAAUGGUACUUCUGUUGAUAUGUUCCUCAAGAAGCCCGUGAUUGCCGAUGCUAGGAAAUUGUUGGAAAAUGCCAAAGUGCCCUUUGAUGUUGUAAUCGAUGAUCUUCAGCAUGCAAUUGAUACUGAAAAUCCACCGCCAGAAGUUAUUGAGCAACUUCAAAAUCGAAAAGUCAGAAAUGUGAAUUUCUGGCGCAGAUCAAGCGCUGUACCUGUCGCUAAUCAUAGAUCACUAAGCUAUCGACGCCUCCGUGGGGCAUUCCUUGGCUACAAUUCCCUCGAUCCACCCAUGGAACUGUGGCCAGACGCCAGAUGGGGACACCGAAUGACAUGGAGUGCAUAUCAUAGAUUGUCUGACAUACACGGAUACCUCGAGUACCUAGCUAAUACCUAUCCCGAGAUCUGCAGUGUGCAGUCCAUUGGGAAUUCGAUUGAGGGACGUCCUUUGCUGGUAUUGCGCAUCUCAAAUGGCAAUGCCAAAAACAAGGCGGUUUGGAUUGACGGUGGAAUUCACGCCAGGGAAUGGAUUUCUCCAGCAACUGUAACUUACAUCAUUGACCAGUUGGUGGAGUACCGGGAGGAUCAGCCUAAAUAUGUACAAGAUAUCGACUGGUACAUCCUCCCAGUGGCCAAUCCCGAUGGCUACGAAUACACACACCUUGUGGACAGGCUGUGGCGUAAGAACCGACGUCCAUCGGUCAAUGGACGGUGCCAUGGGGUAGAUUUGAAUAGGAACUUUGGGUAUCACUGGGGAGAGCAGGGAGCCUCUAGGCAACCCUGUGCUGAAACAUUUGCCGGCAUGUCAGCUUUCUCUGAGCCAGAAUCUCUGGCUCAGAAGAAUUUCUUUGAGAGGAGUGGAGCUGACUUCCAAGCCUUUCUCAGUUUCCACAGCUAUGGCCAAUAUAUUCUCUAUCCCUGGGGAUAUGAUCGUUUUGUGCCCCCAGAUCACAAAGAACUCGACAGACUUGGCCGUGAAGCGGCUGUGCUCAUGAAAAAGUCAGGAGGAGCUUCGUAUUCAGUCGGACCGUCAGGAAGCCUUCUAUACCCGGCUUCCGGAGGCUCAGACGACUGGGGCAAGGGUACCCUGGGCAUAAAGUAUUGCUAUACAAUUGAAUUGAGAGAUUCAGGGCGCACUGGCUUUAUCCUGCCCGCCAAUCAAAUUAUCAGUACAAGCAAGGAAGCCCAGAUCUUUGCGUACAAAGUGGCUGAAACCAUCACUCACGGCUGAGUGACAUCCCACCAUCCCAUUCCCCCCGUGACUUAUUCAAUUAUUUAAUAAAUAUAUCUCUAGAAAUACUAAAAAAUAAAGAACUUACCUCUAACGAAACUUUCG